CUAGAAACCAUUGACGCUUUCGCCGAACAUUUUAGAGAUAAUUACUGUGGUAUGUUUUUAGUUAUAACUUGAAUCAGGUGGAUUUUCAUAAAUAAUCAUCAAAAUGACAGUUGAAGGAGAAAGAUCAGAAUCUGUUGCAUCUAAUCAGAGUGGAAAAAGAUCAGCUAAACGACUAAAUAUCGUCAUCCAAUGUGCCGCAAUUGGGGAUACUAGUCGGCUGCUUGAGUGCUUUGCCAAUGAAGACGACCCCUACCACGACCGCGUAGAAAGCCAGCUGAACUCCGUUGAUGAGGAGGGGCGAUCGCCGAUCGAAGUAGCCGUCACAGAAAAUCAAUUAGAAAUGUUAAAACUGUUGCAAGAAAAGGGGUCCAGUAUGGACACAAGGAACACAAUGUCAGCAAGGACCCCACUUGAUAUGGCUUGUAUUCUUGGAAGGAAAGAAGCACUGAAAGAAUUGUUGGAAAGAGGAGCAGAAGUUGACAAUGCGACAAAACGAGGUUAUACUGCUAUUCACCAUGCAGCAGCCUGGGGUAGGAUGGAUUGUCUGAAGAUUCUAGUCAAGCAUGGAGCUAGUUUAUCUAUCAAGACUAAACAUGGAGAAAGGGCCAGGGAUACCGCCCUGAGAUACAAACAUGAUGAUUGCUCCUUUUACUUGGACUGGUCAGAAGCAAGACGUGGCCUGGUCUCCAUUCUGCAAGAAACAAAGGAAACAAUUGAAGACCCUCAGAAACUCCAGGGAAGAUUGACCAAAGAUGAAAAAAUGACUGGGUUGAAUGUUUGUGGUGACAAGCAAGAAUGGUUGGAUUCGAACCCGAAUGCUUCGAUUGAAGAUUUUCAUAAACAAGAGGAAGAUCUGAGGACCUCUUUGGAAGCCAUUCUCAUAAAGUUAUCAGAACCGCCACCAGAGAAGCCUCACAGACGAUGAAACUGCCCACUUGAUGACAAACCAACAAAGGAUAUCACACUGCAGGAUUAGAGCUCCGUUAAAAUAUUAACAGAGGGAUGCUUUAUGUUACAGUUGAUAUCCACACCCGCAUUGGUCUCAUUCCGGAUGGUAUAAUCCUAGUUUGUCACAACCAGCUUUUCUUCUAACAAAAUAACCAUUUGAUGUAAUUGCCAUUUAGCCAAUUUUAAUACCAAUUUGUUAAUCUUCCACAUAGGCUACAAACAUUUCAUCUUACACCCACUUGGAAUAGCACUGUUGUACUUGGGCUAUAUACUUAGAUGGAGUGUAUAUAUGAUUUUUUUUUAAUUAGUAAAUGAAGUGGAAAUUAGAUCUUAAACAGCUAUUAGACCAAAUGGGUUUUGCCCAUUUGACAUUAUAUGCUGUGUUUUUUGUCAUCUUGAUAUAUCCCAGUCCUCCUUUCACAAGACUUAUAGCAAUUUACAACUGAAUUGCAUAUAGACACAUGCUUAUUGCUUUUAUGAAUCACUUUGGAUGACUAAUAGUUUCAUCCGUAAAUUGUUUUUUUAUGUGGUUUUGAAAAAAAAAUUGCCUGAUGCAGCACAAACAGCUAUCAGAUACAAUUUUUUUUUUGGGGGGGACGGGGGUGGACCCCCGGUCAUACUCCAAAUUGUCAAUUGUCCAAAUUGUCAUUGUCAAUUUCUCUGGAAAAUAUUCCAGUAUGAAUAUACAUGUACUGUAUAUAUUCAUGUAAAUAUUUAAAACUUUUUUGUAUAUCUAUAUUGUAAAUAGAUUUUUAAAAAUGUUUUCUUAUUCAAAUUCCAUUUGGUCAUUGAAACUAAAUGUAUGCAAAGUUUAUAUAAAUUUUGAUAGAAUCUGAUAAUGCAGUUUAUUGUCGAGUAUUUAAGUUUGUAAUUCAAUGUAUGGAAGUAAACAGCUACAGAACCAUUUUCCCCUCUUGAUCUAUUCCAAAAUCAAUUUGUGGUUUAUAUCCCAUUCUAAAGGCUACAAGAUCUAUGUAGGAACAAUAGUAAUUAUAUUUGCUUAUAUACUGCACAUGUAUCCAUUGCUUAUCACUUUACUUUAUCAGAAGACGUUAAGUGCUCUACAAUAGUGCAGCAUAAAGAUCCUGGCUUGUAGCACUCGAGCUGCAUUUCAAGGAAUAAAUGUCUUAUCUAUUAGUACCUGUAGUAAAGGUCAAUAUGAUUAUUACAUAUCAGUCUUACUGUAACCAAGCAUACUUUGUACUAUCUAUGGAUUUUGUUUCAAUGUAUAUAGAAAAUGAAAUAUUGUACAAGUCUUUUUUUUUCAGUGUACACAUUUUCAUUAUAUUAUACUUUCUGGAGCUUUAUUGAUAUCAACCAACUAUUUAGCCUGUCAUAUAGGUGGAGGCUGCAGCUUUAGUGUUUGCCUUUAUGACUCUGGAGCUGUUACGCGAAACAUUAUUAAUACGUAUCAUGCGGAAGAUUGCGAACCAUGGAAAAGGCAUUUCCGGCCUAUACACUCUGGUCUUAUAUUUUUCAAUGGAACAGGAUUUGGUGCAGGUUUUUCGCAACACAAACUGCCAGUAGACAUUUGUCACCUUCCAUAUCAGACGUAUUGCUGAUGUUCUGUUACAGCAUCAGACUCUGAAAGGCAAAGGCCUGCAGCAGGGCCCUGCCUACAUGUAGAUUAUAGACUACCUACUAUCAUGAGGAUAGACAAAAUAAAGACUGAAAUCCGUCCAUAC